AUGACCCAGGAAAAACGUCUUCCAGUAGCGAUUUUGUCAGGCUUUCUCGGUAGCGGAAAAACCACUUUGCUUCAACAUAUCCUAACUUCGGAUGAACAUAAACUGAAGUGUGCUGUUCUUAUCAAUGAUGUUGCUGAAGUAAAUGUUGAUGCUGGUAUUGUACAGAGACAUCGUGUCGAUCAGAAGGCGGAGAAAGUCAUCCAAUUGCAGAAUGGAUGUAUCUGCUGUACUUUACGAGAAGACGUUUUGGAGGAAGUCGCCGAACUUGUUCGUGAUGGCGGGUUCGACUACCUUAUCAUUGAAAGUACAGGUGUCGCUGAGCCCAUGCAGACGGCAGAAGCCUUUACUAAAGAAUACAGUGAUUCGCUUCUUGAAGUGAUCCAAGAAACCGAGGGACAAGAACGGUCAUUAGAGCUCUCUCUAAAAAUUGAUGCCUGUAUUACCGUUGUCGAUGCACACACCUUUUUGGAAGAUUUCAAUACCGCCGAUAUGCUCAGUGGUAGAUAUGGUGAUAGUGUUGACAAGGAUGACGAACGCAAUAUUACAGACCUGCUUGUUGAUCAAAUCGAAUUCGCAAACGUCAUUAUUUUGAACAAAUGUGAUAUGGUUUCGCCAAGCGUAAAGGCCGAAAUAACAAAAAUCAUAACCGCCAUGAAUCCUUCAGCUACGGUAAUCCCAACUUCUUAUGCAAAAGUGAAUCUCAGGGAAGUGCUGAACACCGGCAGAUUCAGUUUUAUCGAAGCGGCAACCGGCGCCGGUUGGCUUCAGAGUUUGAGAAAUUCAAGCAUCCACAAACUGAACGGCAAAUACAAAUUGUCACCCAAGCCUGAGACAGCGGAAUAUGGAAUCUACACUUUUGUCUACCGGGCACGCAGGCCUUGCCAUCCAAAGAGGCUGUGGGAUUUUAUGACAAGUGUCUUCGUAAUGCAGCAAAUUACGAUGGAAGAAGAAGAGGAAGAAGCAGACGCUAUGCAACAAGACCCAAAUGAAGAUCAAAACAUAGUUACUGAAAACGGCGCUGACGAAGAUGAUGCUAUGGAUGACGCUAUGGAUGAUGCAGACGAAGAGGAAAUCAAUAUCCCCGAACGUUUGGAGAAACGGAAGAGUCAUCCCCUUUUCAGCAAACUAUUCCGCUCUAAAGGUGUGUUUUGGCUUGCAACAAGACAGAAUCAAAUGGGAGAGUGGUCACAGGCCGGCGCCAUGUUAACAAUCAACGGAGGCGGUGAAUGGUACUGCGUGACACCAGAAGAAGAUUGGCCGUCAUCUGAGCGUGGACGCAAGGCGGUUUUGGCCGACUUUGAAGGCAAGUACGGUGAUCGCCGACAAGAGAUUGUGUUUAUUGGUGAACGGAUUAACCCUGAAGAAAUCACAAAAGUUUUAAACGAGACACUUUUAACUGACGAGGAAAUGUCGAGAUGGGAGGCAAUUGUGAACAACAAUAAGCUUACCGGAGCCGAACAGUCGAUCGCGUUGUGUAAUGAAUUCGAAGACGGAUUCGAAGAUUGGGAUUAG